AAACGAAAUGGACGCCGACAGCAGCAGCAGCCGCAUCUCUACGGAUUCAAAUAAAAAUCCAUGUGGACAUGGGAUUUGGGAAUCCCGUGGAAUAUUGGUGAAAUGUGGUGGCUUUGCCAGCCAAUUGAGUCGUAAUCUGGGCCAAAAGGUUGACGGUCAUCCUUUGUGGAGUUCACGUUUCGAUGCCUCCAAUCCUGAGGCAGUGAUACAAACUCAUUUGGAUUUCCUACACAGCGGGGCGGACAUCAUAUUAACUAAUACCUACCAGUCGAGCGUGGAGGGUUUCAUGAAGCAUCUUCAAGUUACACGGGAGCAGAGUAUAGAGCUGAUAGCCCAAAGUGUUAAGCUGGCGCUACAGGCCAAAGACACCUAUCUCAAGGAUCUUGAGGAGGCGGAGGACACUCCGUGUAAGAACAGCCGCCGCGAUCCAAUAGUUCUGGCCUCCAUCGGUCCAUAUGGCGCUCACUUGCAUGACGGUUCCGAGUACACAGGAGACUAUUCCGAUCAGGUGCAAACCGAAUUGUUGCAAAAGUGGCAUAAAGUACGAAUCGACACCUGUCUUUUAAACGGUGUGGAUGGCCUGGCUGUGGAGACUAUGCCCUGUUUGCUAGAAGCCAAAGCAGUAACCGAACUGAUCCUAACAUCCUAUAGCAAUGUCAAAUUCUGGGUUUCAUUUCAGUGUCGGGAUGAAACUUCCUUGGCCAAUGGAGAAUCUUUCGCCCACGCUGCCCACACCAUUUGGAGGAUGGUGCAAGACGCUGGCCAAGAGAGCCGAUUGCUGGCCAUUGGUGUCAAUUGUGUAAAUCCUAAUUUUGUCUCCAGCCUAUUUAAAUCUCUUAAUUCUCUGGCCGGUCCAGACCGUAUACCGCUUAUUGUCUAUAGCAAUCGUGGCGAGAUUUACGAUAGUGCCUCCGGUGAAUGGAUUGGCUCGGGCCAAAAUGUUGUUGAAUUUGUUCCUGAAUGGAUUAAACUGGGCGCUCGCAUUGUUGGCGGCUGUUGUCGCGUCUAUCCGGCCGAUAUUGCGAGAAUCCGCCAAUGUGCCGACAGCAAUCACAUAUAAUUUUAGUUGCCUUGUUAAAUGCGAAAUCGGGUUUAUGUUAUUAGACCUAGACCUACAUACAUCUAUCUAUAUGUAUACACCAUAACAUUUAUAUAAAUUCAUAUCUCUAUAUAUAAUCUGUUCAUAUAUAUAGUAUAAGGUGCACAUGUAUGCGAAUUGAAACAAGCUGAUUUAUGCUUAUUUGUGUCUAAUCAGCAAAAGAAAAACGAAUCUAGCCAAGUGCGAGACGCCGCAGAUAUGUCACAUUGCUGGGUAAACAAGUGCAAAUUAAUAUACAUACUUUGAGAUCAAGGGUAGACCAGUUAAAUACCCUCAUCUUUUCGGAAUCUUAAAUACAUACAUCAAAAAAUGUGCAAUUUGUAUUCUCCUUUGCCAAAUAUUUUGAACUUGAUAAAUAAUUAUAAUAAGACAUUUGCCGAAUUUAAAAUGUAUAAUGUUAUUUGAAAUCAUAUUUGAAUCUUACACUUUUCAAUUUAAAUGCAUUAUAUUAAAAUCUUACAUAUAAAUAUUUGUGCCUUUUUUUAACUUUUAAAAUCUCAAAGUUGCCAAUAGAUAUAUAAUGUUGAAAUGAAAAUGAAAAACAAAUCAAUAAAAUCACUUGUUUUCAAAAAUUA